AUUUAUAUGAUCUCUAUAAUUUACUUAUUAUUUGGCAUAAUAUUAGGCUAAGAUGAUAACAUCAUGAAUGAUGUAAUUGAUGAUAGAUAAGAUAGAAAAGAUCUUAUGCAAGAAUGGGAAUUGAUGAUGCAAGACUUUAUACCUGAUGAUAUGAUAGCAUUUGAAUUAAAGCAAGGAAAUAUAGAAAUAUUGGAGGAAGGAAUUCAUCAUCCAACAACAAUACGAGGAGCAUAUUUUAUUAGUAUGACAACCAAAGAAAAAAUAAAUUUUAUAGUAAAAAUACAUAAUUAUUGAUAGAUUAAAGAUCCAAAAGGAAAUAUAAUAAAUAGUAAAGCUGGUAAGAAGGAGGCUGUAUUUUCAGUUAAUAUAACUGAGCCUGGAGAUUAUUAAUUUAUGUUUGAUAAUGAAAGAGGCAGUAGUGAUUAAAUAGUAACAUUUGCCUUAGAUAUUCACAAUGCCACUUAUGAGCAUAUCAAACAUCAUGAUUUGGAUCCACUAAUGAAAUAGAUUCAGCAUUUAUAAAAUGGUGUCAAUGACAUAAUGUUUGAAACCAAGUUUUCCCAAUAGAGAAGAGAAAGUGGUUAUGAAUAAAUGUAAACUACUCAUUAAAGAUUAUUUUAUUUUACCAUACUUGAGACCAUAAUUAUUGUUUCAGUGAGUGUAUGGUAGGUGUAUUAUAUCAAGAGUAUUAUUGACAAUCGUAGAUUGAUUUGA